AUCAACAUUCACAAUUCACAAAAAAUACUUGUUGAGUUAUUAAAGAUAAAUCUCUGAGUAAAGAAAAAAAAUGAUGAACACAAAAAUUGUAGCCUUGUUAAUGGUGGUGAUGAUGGUAACAAUGGGAAUGGAGAACAUUUUGGUUCAGGCUCGUCAUCAUCAUCAUCAUCAUCAUCAUUCUCCUUCCCCUUCUCCUUCAUCUGAUUUUGAUGAUAGUGGUUCAAAAUCUCCUUCUCCUUCACCAAAAUCAAAAGAAAAAUCAUCAACAUAUUGCAUGAUUGGCUGUUCUUUCGAGAAGUGCUUUCACCAUGGAAAAAGCUCAACGAUGACAACAGGCGAUGUGGAAAAGUAUGACUCAUGCAUGAAAAAAUGUUCGAAGAUAUGCAACAAGAAGAAUGAAAACGAGGAUAUAUAUGUCUAAAUUACUAAAGAGCAAAUGAUUGUUGUUUCGCUCCUACUAUGUCUUUGUCUUAUUAUUACUUAAUUACUCAUCAGAUGUGUAUCUCUCAUACUGUUUUUUUUAUGAGACGUAUAAGGGAUAUAAUAAACAUUGAUAGUUUCUUUAAACAAUAAUAUGAUAUAUACAUUAGCUCACAAAUCUAGUGUAUCAC